CCUCUCUCACACUGCCUCAGCAGCCACUGGCAGCAUGAACAGCGAGGGAACAGAUACAGAGAGGAGCCAGUACUGAUGCGCAAACACACAAAAACGCACACACUCACACACACUCAUGCACAGGGAGAAAACAGGAGGUGGAAGCAGAGACUCCAGCUGUAGCAUGUCCACUGGCUGCAAUCAGACAUGUAGGAGGAGGAGGUGCUUUGCUCGCCGUUCCAUGUCCGUCUCAGUCCUCUAAGCACCUCCCAUCCCCCCCGAACGCUCGCUCCCUGGCUCUGCGGUUGCUGAGGGGCUGGCUGGAAUGACCCAGGAGAGCAGGAGACACAAGGAGAUGCGCUAGAUGGGGCUGCCGGCUGGGAGGACUCUCUGAUCCUUGAUCCCUCCUCUUCUCCACGCUGACAGAGAGACAGCAGAGCUCUGAUCUGCCCCACAGAUGCAUGCCCAUAUAGGAGGGCAUUACUGUGUAGACCGAGGGUCUUCAACAAGCACAGCUUGAGAGGAGGACCACCACAGAGUAACGCAGGUGCAGACAUCGCAGUCCUGGUGCUUAUGUGUGUGUCUGUGGCAGCUUCCUGCUUUAAAAAAAGGACCUCCUGUCCACCAGUCAGCAUUCAGAGACCGUGAAUGACUGCGAAACAGAGAGCAGCCUUUGCAGUGCAACCCCGUCCCAUGCUGCUCCCUCCUCUCAGGGGAUGGCCAAGGUCCAGGAUGGACACACGAACGCAUGUGACAGCACUGCAAUGUUAGAGGAGAGCCAGGAUGGUAUGGACAGUGGUACCCUAAGUCCUGCCUCAGCUCGACAGGUCACCAUCCAGCGCCACCCAACACAAGGCUUUGGCUUCGUUGCAGGCAGCCAGAAGCCUGUUAUUGUACGCUCCGUCUCUGCUGACGGCCCCUCCUUUGGCAAGCUUCUUCCCGGAGACCAGAUCUUGGCCAUUAACGAGGAGACGGUGAGCGACGCCCCCCGAGAGAGAGUCAUAGACCUUGUAAGACGCUGCAAAGACACUAUAGUUCUCACUGUGCUGCAGCCCCAUCAGUCACCUAAGUCUGCCUUCAUAAGUGCAGCCAAAAAGGCCCGCCUGCGAACAAACCCGCCGAAAGUGCGCUUUUCAGAGCAAGUGUCCAUCAGCGACCCAGACUCAACAAUGCUCAAGGACGACUCCUUGCUACUCAUACCAAAUGUGUUGAAGGUGUUCUUGGAGAAUGGACAGAUCAAGUCCUUUACAUUUGAUAGCCGUACCACUGUUAGGGAUGUGAUCUCCUCACUGCAGGACCGUCUCUCACUGCGCUACAUCGAGCACUUUGCCUUGGUGCUGGAGGCAGGCGGUCUCGACCAGAAUCAGAGGUUGCAUUUCCUGCAGGACAACCAGCCACUGACACAUGUGGUGCAUAGAACCUAUUUCCAAGGGAUGAAGUGUCUGUUCCGCAUCUGCUUCUUCCCCAAGGACCCUGCAGACCUGCUAAGAAGGGACCCUGCUGCAUUUGAGUACCUCUAUAUACAGAGUCGCAAUGACGUCAUCAAGGAGCGCUUUAGCAUGGACUGGAAAUCUGACAUCACGUUACGAUUGGCUGCACUACAUAUCUACAUCACUGUGUCCUCUGCAAGGCCCAAUCAGAAGAUCUCUCUCAAGCAUGUCGAAAAGGAGUGGGGACUAGAACCUUUUCUUCCACUCACUCUGCUUCCAACAGUGAAGGAGAAGAAUGUGUGUAAAACCUUGUCUCAGUUGCUGAAGACCUAUCAGCAUCCACCACCAUCAGGCAACAAGGUCCCUCCACUCCAAGGAAAGCUACAGUACAUGCGUGUACUCAAUGACCUCCCACCUUUUGGUGGAAUACUCUUCCACACAGUUGGACUGGAUGAGAAACAAUCAGCAACCACACUACUGGUCGGCCCCCGACAUGGCAUUAGUCAUGUGAUUGACCUGAAGAACAACCUCACAACAGUUCUGACUGAGUUCAGUAGAGUUUCCAAGAUCCAGCUCUACCGAGAGAGUCAAGGAGUGGCUCGUGUGGAGGUGACAAUUCAUGAGGCCAAGUCUCCUAAUUCCCCUCCCUACCACCCCCCACAGCCCCUGGUGCUACUCAUGGAAUGGCCUGAUGCCAGUAAUUUUGCGUGCCUCAUCUCUGGCUACUACAAGCUCUUUGUAGACCCUAAACGGACCAUCUACUUUCGUACUCCUGGUCAGUCUCAGCUGACCAAGGCAGAUUACAGAAGCUCCCACCAUGCUCACCCACGAUCUGGGGCAACCGGCAUGCCAAGUGGAGGGCGGCGAGGAGACGAGAGGGACAGCUCACACAGGGAGUCAGGUUCUUCAAGAGCCGUAGUUCCCGCAGAGCCUCAGCACCUAGGCCUGUGUCAUGUCCACCUCCGAGAACAACAACAAUUUCAGGAGUUACAAACACAGGCUGAAGCUGAGCUUGACAUCAAUGAGAACUUUAUUUCUCAGGAGCCCCCUGGACGGCCCCGCACCAAAUCAGAUCCCACCCAGCAUAGUACAGAGGAAAUAGCUGGGGUUUUGGAGAGCCCAGCAGUAGAAAAUGCAGGAUUUAGAAUCCGAGCUCAAACAAUGGGUCAGUCCCAGAAAUCUUCACGAUACUUCUGUGACUCCUGCAAAGCUAGACUUCGGGCAGAAGGGCUGUCAGCAGGGGUGAACUUGAGUGGGAGCUCGGGAAAACAUUGUUCCGGUGCUUGUGCCUCCCGAAAUGGAGGUGCUGUGGACCUCAUGGCCCUUCCACCUCCUGGGAAUGAAGAGGAGGAUGAGGAAGAGGUAGAUGGUGGAGGAGAGAAGCUGCAACCACCACCACCUGCUAUUGCUGCCCCACCACCUGGCUUCAGGGACAACAGUUCUGAUGAGGAUGACCAAAAAAGAGGAAGGAAGGCUCGAACCAGUGCAACAGCUGGAGUUGCCUCUGGGAAACUGGCCCAAGCCAAGGAAGAUGUGCCUGUGACACUGAUUGAUAAUGUGGCCACAAGAACUGUCCGAGAUCAUGCCCAGGAGCUUGAUGAUGCUCUGGUGUCCACCUUACAGGCUCUUGAGGCCUUGGCAGCCUCUGAGGACUACCCCCAUCACCCGCAACAACCCACACAGACUGCAGGGCUGAUUGUCUUAGCUGCCAUUACACCUGAGUCAUCACUGGACUCAGGCCAUGAGACCAACUCGUCUGAAUUGACAGAUGUUUCUGAAAUGGUGUCGGCUAUGAAGCAGAACCAGAACCAGGCUUACCUGCUGGCUCACCAUAUCAACAAGGAACGUAUCCUUUGCCGCCGUGACUUUCCCCUUGCUAUCCCUGGAUGCACUGCAAAGACCAUAGGGACUGGAGCCUUCUCUGUGGGGCAAAUUCGUGCUGGCUGUCCACCCAAGCAAGUAAUCCUCAGCAAGACCGUUCCCUUUAAAGUCAGCCCCAACCAAGAAUCAGCAAUACUCAGUGUUGUGACAGAGCAGGGGAGCAAUCAAGACACUACUCAGAUUGAACAGAAAGCAGAAAUAAAAGCAAACUCUGAGUCCAUCAAAGCAAAUACUCCUGAUCCCCCUUCAAAGCCACAUGAAGAACUUAAAGUGUCUGAUGCUUCACUGGCAGCUCAGGUCAGUAAAGAUCACAAGUUAUCAAAUUCUUCUGUGGAGACACUGAGCCAAAAUCUUUCUGAUGGUAUAAAGGGGAAGACAACAGCACCUCUUAAUACAGACGCAACAAACAAAGCCUUACCUAUACUCUUGCCUGUGGACAGAACUCCCUCUGCCAAGAGUUCACCCUCUAAUAUGUGCCAAGAUGCCAAGACUGCCUCUAGCGAGACCAUGAAGCCUUCAAGCUCUACAGAACUUCUGCCAGUUGAUGACCUUUUCUGCACAUGCCCAGUACAGCAGGAGCCUGGCCCUCAACUAAGACUAAAAGACCCACAGGUUCAGAAGAUAGUGGUGUUUCAAUCUUCCUCGCCCACUGACGAUGAGCGUCUUCGGGCCAAAGGCCUCCAGCUGGCUAACAGCAAAGAGAAUGCAGUGAGAGCAGGAGUAGAUCCUAGUUUAGCAAAACCAAGCCCACAAAUACAAACCAAGUACUCCCCUCGUUUGCCUGCAAAAGCAGAGAGAAAAGAAGCAGCUGAAAGCAAGACUGAGAGUACCCAGGGCAAAUCCCACCCUGAGUCACAGAAAUGCCCCAUAAAAUCCUUACCUAUUUUAGAUGAUCCAACCACCCCAGCCCUUCUGUGGACAAAGUCUCCACUCUUCCUGCCAGAGAAACAAAAAAGCAAGGCAGUGGUAAAGGAAAGUCCCAGCGCAGUGCUCCUUUCUUGAGCUUUAGAAACCUUCUUUCAGCUACAUUUCCAGCAAGAAUGCGAAGAGAAACAGAUGAGCGAAGGGCUCAGUUGCAGAAAGUCCGUCAAUAUGAGCUUGAGUUUUUAGA